UAUCUUACUCUUUCUGAGCAGAAAUUUACAGUGCUGGACUGGCUGGCUCAGCGUAGGACAUCUAGCCAGUGUACUGACUUGGGACUUCAGAGCCAUGGCAACGGAGGAGUCCGCCUUCCCUUCCGCCAAUUCAAGCAAGCAAAGGCCUGAAAAACCCAACUAUGCUCUCAAAUUUACUCUCGUGGGACACACGGAAGCAGUAUCAUCAGUUAAGUUUAGCCCUAAUGGAGAAUGGCUAGCAAGUUCUUCUGCUGAUAAACUCAUUAAAAUCUGGAGAGUCUCUGAUGGAAAAUGUGAGCAAACACUGUAUGGUCACAGUCUGGAAAUAUCAGAUGUUGCCUGGUCAUCAGAUUCCAGUCGUCUUGUUUCUGCCUCCGAUGAUAAGACUCUAAAGAUAUGGGAUGUGAGAUCUGGAAAAUCUUUGAAAACUCUACAAGGACACAGUAAUUAUGUCUUUUGCUGUGAUUUCAAUCCGCCAUCCAGCCUCAUCAUCUCAGGAUCUUUUGAUGAGAGUGUGAAAAUAUGGGAAGUGGAAACGGGAAAGUGCCUCAAGACUUUGCGAGCUCAUUCCGAUCCCGUUUCUGCUGUUUAUUUCAAUUGUAGUGGGUCCUUGAUAGUGUCGGGCAGCUAUGAUGGACUCUGUAGAAUCUGGGAUGUUGCUUCAGGUCAGUGUUUAAAAACACUUGUUGAUGAUGAUAACCCUCCUGUCUCCUUUGUACGAUUUUCUCCAAAUGGAAAAUAUAUUCUUACUGCAACUUUGGACAAUACUCUUAAACUAUGGGAUUAUAGCAGAGGCAGGUGCCUGAAGACCUACACUGGUCAUAAGAAUGAGAAAUACUGAUUUGCCAAUUUUUCUGUUACUGGAGGAAAGUGGAUUGUGUCUGGUUCAGAGGAUAACCUGGUUUACAUUUGGAAUCUUCGGACUAAAGAGAUUGUACAGAAAUUACCAGGUCAUACGGACGUUGUGAUUGCAGCAACUUGCCAUCCUACAGAAAACAUCAUUGCAUCAGCAGCAUUACAAAAUGACAAAACAGUUAAACUGUGGAUGAGUGACUACUAA